CAGGCUGCGGUCACACUGGUUUUCACAGCAACAGCAAAGCAAGCGGACGACGUUGGUCUCGUCAACGAGAUUUUCGAUACAAAAACAAAUAGAGAAAUAACAAAAACCCAAUACGCAAGAUGAUGAAAGCCGUGUCCUGUGCCUAUGUGCGCGCUAGCGCACAGGCGCUGUCUAACAGCCUGCGGGCCACCGGAGUAGCCGUUGCCACACGUCAGGCCCACAGUGAUUUGCAGGUGCCUGAUUUCACGGCCUACCGUCGUGAUUCCGUGAAGGAUACGCGUCGUCGCAACGAAACCGCCGAGGAGCGCAAAGCCUUCUCCUAUCUGUUGGUGGGUGCCGGAGCCGUUGGCGGCGUCUAUGCGGCCAAGGGCAUGGUAAAUGCUUUUGUUGGCUCGAUGAGCGCUUCGGCUGAUGUCUUGGCCAUGGCUAAGAUUGAGAUUAAGUUAGCAGACAUAGCGGAAGGCAAGUCGGUGACGUUCAAGUGGCGCGGCAAGCCUCUGUUCAUCCGUCAUCGCACCCCAGCAGAGAUCGAAACGGAGAGGGGCGUUCCCACUUCCCAGCUGCGUGAUCCCGAGACAGACGAUCAACGUGUGGUCAAGCCUCAGUGGCUGGUUGUCAUUGGCGUCUGCACGCAUUUGGGCUGUGUGCCAAUUGCGAAUGCCGGAGAUUUUGGUGGCUAUUAUUGCCCCUGCCAUGGCUCCCAUUAUGAUGCAUCAGGUCGCAUCCGCAAGGGCCCAGCGCCAUUGAACCUGGAGGUGCCCACCCACGAGUUCCCCGAUGAGACCACCCUGGUCGUUGGUUAAAGCUCCUUUAAAAGUUGUUUACGUUUAAGCAAAAGCCCCCGCGACAGCAAAAGUAAAGGAAUGGAUGGAAUGUAAAUUAAUAAAAAAAAACCAGACAAAA